GUUCUAGACUGCAGGCAGCGCGAGGAUCCGCGGCCCCGCCCCGGCCCGGCCUGGCAGGUAGCAGAGGCAGCAGGCCGUGCCGGGGGGGCAUGUUGCUGUAACCAGUGACCCAGGGGAUGUUACGGUGGACAGUGCACCUGGAGGGCGGGCCCCGCAGGGUGAACCAUGCUGCAGUGGCUGUUGGGCACCGGGUAUACUCCUUCGGGGGUUACUGCUCUGGUGAAGACUAUGAAACACUGCGGCAGAUUGAUGUGCACAUUUUCAACGCAGUGUCCUUGCGUUGGACAAAGCUGCCCCCAGUGAGGCCUGCCAUCCGUGGGCAGGCUCCUGUGGUACCCUACAUGCGGUAUGGACACUCGACCGUCCUCAUCGAUGACAUGGUCUUCCUUUGGGGCGGGCGGAAUGACACCGAAGGAGCCUGCAAUGUACUUUAUGCCUUUGACGUCAAUACUCACAAGUGGUCCACACCGCGAGUGUCAGGAACAGUUCCUGGGGCCCGGGAUGGACAUUCAGCUUGUGUCCUGGGCAAAACCAUGUACAUUUUCGGGGGCUACGAGCAGCUGGCGGACUGCUUUUCCAAUGACAUUCACAAGCUGGAUACCAGUACCAUGACAUGGACCCUUAUUUGUACAAAGGGCAACCCUGCACGCUGGAGGGACUUUCACUCAGCUACAAUGCUGGGCAGUCACAUGUAUGUCUUUGGGGGCCGUGCCGACCGCUUUGGGCCAUUCCAUUCCAACAAUGAGAUUUACUGCAACCGCAUCCGUGUCUUUGACACCAGGACUGAGGCCUGGCUGGACUGUCCACCCACUCCAGUGCUGCCUGAGGGCCGCCGGAGCCACUCAGCCUUUGGUUAUAAUGGGGAGCUGUACAUCUUUGGUGGCUAUAAUGCAAGGCUGAACCGGCAUUUCCAUGACCUCUGGAAGUUUAACCCUGUGUCCUUUACCUGGAAAAAGAUUGAACCGAAGGGGAAGGGGCCAUGUCCCCGCCGGCGCCAGUGCUGCUGUAUUGUUGGUGACAAGAUUGUUCUCUUUGGGGGUACCAGUCCAUCUCCUGAGGAAGGCCUGGGAGAUGAAUUUGACCUCAUAGAUCAUUCUGAUUUACACAUUUUGGACUUUAACACAUCUGACAUGUCAUUUGAAGAGCUGUUGGAAUUGCAGAACAAAGUGGGGACUAAGACAUACAAACAGUUGGUAGCUGGAAACAAUACUAAGAAGCCAAGUUCUAGACCACCUGUCCAAAAUGCAUGUGUUGCAGAUAAGCACAGGCCUCUGGAAAUGUCAGCCAAGGUUCGGGUGCCAUUUUUGCGUCAAGUUGUUCCAAUCAGUAAGAAGGUAGCCCGGGACCCCCGCUUUGACGAUCUGUCAGGGGAAUAUAAUCCUGAGGUGUUUGACAAAACGUAUCAAUUCCUGAAUGACAUCCGAGCCAAAGAGAAAGAGCUUGUGAAAAAGCAGUUGAAGAAGCACCGUUCAGGGCAAGAGCACGAGAAACUGCAGCAGCUGCUCCAGAGAAUGGAGCAGCAAGAACUGGCACAGCAGGAACGCAAGCGGCAGCAGGAGCUGCGCCUGGCCCUGAAGCAGGAGAGGCGGGCUCAGGCCCAGCAGGGCCAUCGGCCAUACUUCCUGAAGAAAUCUGAGCAGCGCCAGUUGGUCCUAGCUGAGAAGUUCAAGGAGUUGAAACGUAGUAAGAAGUUAGAGAGCUUCUUGAGUCGAAAGAGGCGCCGAAAUGCAGGCAAGGACCGGAGACAUCUCCCUUUGAACAAAGAGUAA